CCCUGAAGCAGAAACCAAAGAGGUGAAUCUUUGAUUUUGGUAUCUGAAAAAUCUCGACAUUUUCUCUUCUGGCAAAGAUCCCAAUGGCAUCGUUUGGUGCCGCCGCAAGAUCAAUUCUCCGAUCAAGCUCUGCUCGCAACGCUGCGGCUCGGCUCGCCCCCCAAGCCAAAGCCAAUGCCGCUCCUUCGCCGUUUCGUGUCUCCUCCAGAAUUCCUUUCUCCAACCGCAUUUUCAGGUGUCCAGUUGAAGCGAGUUUUUGCGUGGAAUCGAUGCUACCGUAUCACACGGCGACUGCUUCUGCUUUGAUGACUUCGAUGCUCUCCAUUUCUCGCCGCAGCUAUGGUUGGCUUCCUGAAGGUAUCUAGGAUAGGACUACCUUGAUGUUCUAUUCUUCCUUUUGAUUGCUGGCCAAGACAAGACUAGAUGAAGAUCAAGAAGCAAGAUGGAAUGAGUUGGACUUAUUUAUGUUUUCAAGCUUUUGAGCUAGGCAUUACAUUAUCUUUAGACUUGAUAUUGUGCUUAUUAUUUCUAAGUAGUGAUCAAGCACAACAUAAAUUGAGGGUUAUUGUUUAAGUUGUGGUUUAUCUCAAGUGUUUUAAGGCUUUUUCAAUUGAAUGCUUUCCUAUAAAGAUGAUGUAUGUUUUCAACCUGAAUUAUCAGUUUUGAUAACAAGCUUAUCACUUCCUUACAUUGAUCGUUUAUUUUCUGAUGAGAUGAUAACGAUAUAACUGUAUGCAUUUUCUUAUAUCAUUGUAUGUGUGGCCCCAUAUUUACAAAUGCUAUUCAUGGAGUCUUCACAUGCCUAUAUGCUACCGCCUUAGAAAAACUUCCUUACUUUGCCUAAGUAUUCCCUGGGAUAAACAGCCAGUAAACAGUAUUCCUUUUUUUAAAUGUAGUGGUAAUUUCCCUUCAUCAAUUUUCUCUUUUACGCUAUUGUUGAAAAUUGCUGAGACAGUUGCUUGAAGUGAGCAACUAACCUGAGAGGUGUUGAUAAAUGAUAAGCACUACUAUGUUUUUAAUCCAUUUACCAUCAACAAUAUAAUGUGCGACCUCAUGCGUUAGCCCAGAUUGCAUCUUUUUGCAUUAUAAAGUUUCAGAUCUGUUGUUUCAUGAUGUGAACCUUGAUGCACUUGUUAGUGUAAAUGUUUGAUUUUCAGUACAUUGAAAUCAAUGAGAAUAGAUUCAAUGCAAUCCAUAAGGAGCUUACUUGAUAAUUUCUAUUC